CUUUUUUUCUGGUUGUUCCCCUUCCCCUUUUGUCUGUUUAUUUCAAAAGCCUCAACCAAUUUCCCACCAAAGCUCACUUAUCCGAGCAACCCUUAAUUCUGGCCGACACGUCAUCAUGUCACCAUCUAGCCAGACGGCGAACAACGGUUCUCGCUGCUCAUGCGGCGUCCUCGGUGAAAUCGAUGGACUCACCACCGGAGGCGAUGAUCCGUUUGACCUUACAUGCAAUCAGUGCAAUUCGAUAAAACCACCCGAUCUCUCCUCCUCCUCCUGUUGCUCUCUGUCUGGAUCAAAUUCGGACAAGUUGCGUAGAAUCAUCACAGCUUCCAUCAAAGCAUUCUCCAUAGGUACUGGGAUUAAAGGUGGAUUAGCUAUUUUCUCUAUCUUUGCUCGUUUCGCUCGUCCUCGUCAUAGAUCUUCUUCCAGGAGAACCGGUGAUUAUUUCUCGAAUAGCGAAGCUAUUUCCAUGGGGAUUAAGGAAACUCUAAGAUACGGUCUGUUUUUGGGAACUUUUGCUGGUACUUUUGUUUCUGUAGAUGAAGCUAUUUGUUCUUUCGCAGGAGACCAGAGAACUGCAAAAUGGAGGGCACUUUUUGCUGGUUUAGUGGCUGGGCCAUCGAUGCUUCUCACAGGACCAAACACGCAACACACGAGUUUAGCUGUUUACAUUUUCAUGCGUGCAGCGGUUCUUGCGUCGCGGUGCGGCAUCAAGAGCAAACGGUUUGGUUCUAUUUGCAAGCCUCUUACGUGGAAACAUGGUGACUUGUUUCUCAUGUGUCUCUCAUCUUCACAGAUUUUGUCUUCGUAUAUUUUGAAGCAAGAAAGUCUACCUUCAUCGUACAAGUCUUUUCUUAACAAACAAGGUGGGAAGGAUCUUUCUAUCAUACAAGGAGUUAAAGACAUCGCAAGCGCCAAACCAUUCUCCAAUUUAAGGGCGAUUGAGAAAUAUUACAAGUCUGUUGGAGUUGAUAUCAAACUUGAUCCUAACAUGAAAGUCCCCUGUUCCAUAAUUCAUGGAAAAGAGUCAUGUACUACACAUGCUCUUACAUUUUUCCUUCAAGCUUACAAGAGGGCGUUACCUGUCUAUGUCCCUGUCUACUUGAUCCCAGCGCUCAUAGUUCAUCGUCAAGACCUGCUAAAAAAGCAAUACUCAAUACUCGGUAAGGGUCUUCUUGGCACGGCGAGAUCAAGUUUGUUUCUCUCUACUUACUGCACUUCUUCCUGGGCUUGGACUUGCCUGCUUUUCCGGACUUUUGAGACAUGCAGCAUACCGAUCGUCGCCAUAGCAACGUUCCCUACUGGUUUGGCCUUAGCAAUUGAAAAGAAAAGUAGAAGGAUAGAGAUAUCACUCUACUGCUUAGCGAGGGCAAUAGAAAGCUUCUUCACAUGCAUGACAGAUGCAGGAUACAUUCGACCGUCCAGGAUUCUAAGAAGAGCAGAUGUGGUUGUGUUCAGCGUUUCGACAGCCAUUAUAAUGCACUGCUACGCCCAGGAAAGAGAAGUGUUUCGAUCAAAAUAUCUCAACGUCCUAGAUUGGGUUUGCGGUGUUCCUCCUCCUUGUCAAAAAACAUAGAUACGUUUACUUUCUUAUUAUCCCCACUUGUGGUAGAGUCAAUCUCCUAUGGGUUUCUCAAAUCUUCUAUGCUCUCAUGGCUUUAAUGAAAUAUGAUAUCCGAUUUUGCCCUGUUAUAUUUCUGAAAUAUUUUUUUUUUAAAUGAAAUUUGUAAAUUUCGGAUAAUGUGUAUUGUAUAGUUGUACUGAG